CUAAAUCAUCAACGAAGAAAAACAGCAGGAAGAACAGGCGAGCUGCCCGCCAAAUUUGCUUGUAAACAAAGUCGGCCCCGUUUUAGUCCAACAAACUAUGACGAAUUUUGACUUUUCCACAUAACACCGAAUUGUUUUAGCCCGUCAACAAUGAAUUUAGUAGGAAAAGGAGGUGGCGAUUCCAACCAGUUUGCUGGCAGUGCUGACAGCGAUUCAAUCAAAGUUUUCGUCCGAGUACGACCUCUUACCAAGGGCAGCGGACUAACCACAGAUGGAGAUCAGAGCUUGUGUCUCAAAGUCACCUCACCAAACACCAUACGUCUGCUUGCCAAACCGGAACCGCGGACCUUCACCUAUGACCAUGUUGCUGACAUGGACACGUCACAGGACUCUGUUUUCUCCAGCGUGGCCAAGAAUAUUGUGGAGUCAUGUAUGAAUGGAUACAAUGGAACCAUUUUUGCCUACGGGCAAACAGGAUCAGGAAAAACGUUCACAAUGCUCGGGCCCUCUGAGUUGGACAACUUUACGGAUGAAUUGCGGGGUGUUAUUCCUCGCAGUUUUGAGUACCUGUUCUUUCUCAUCAACAGAGAAAUGUCUCAGUCCAAAAGUUUUCUCUGUAAAUGUUCAUUCAUCGAGAUUUACAAUGAACAAAUCUUUGACCUCCUGGACACGGCCUCCGCCAGCCUCUUUGUCAGAGAGAACAUCAAGAAGGGUGUGUUUGUGGAGGGGGCGUUGGAGAGGUUUGUCAGCUCUGCUGCUGAAGCAUACCAGGUGUUGUCUCAUGGCUGGCGUAAUCGCAGAGUGGCCUCCACUUCCAUGAACCGCGAGUCUUCUAGGUCUCAUGCUGUGUUCACCAUGACUCUGGAGUCCAAGGAAUCCAUCAAUGAGGUGGUGAACAUUCGAAUGUCUCAGCUGAACCUGGUUGACCUGGCUGGCUCAGAGAGGCAGAAAGACACACACACCGAAGGCUCCAGGCUCAAGGAGGCCAGCAGCAUCAAUCGCUCCCUCAUGUGCCUUGGUCAGGUGAUCAUGGCUUUGGUCGAUGUGUCCAAUGGGAAGAAUCGCCACAUUUGCUAUCGAGACUCCAAAUUAACCUUCCUGUUGCGGGACUCUCUUGGAGGAAAUGCAAAGACUUACAUCAUAGCCAAUGUUCACCCUGGAUCAAAAUGUUUUGGAGAAACAUUAUCAACGUUACAAUUUGCCCAGAGAGCAAAGCUGAUCAAGAACAAGGCCAUUGUCAACGAGGACACCCAAGGAAAUGUAAGACAGCUGCAGGCUGAGGUGAAGAAGCUGAAGGAGCAGCUUAUGCAGGCUAUCUCGUCUCACCAAGUGGAUUAUGGGAAAGAUGUAGCACCUGGAGGACAACUCAACUCAAAGCUCUACGUGGAUGCUAAACAUGGCUCCUUGUACAAAACCAAGUUUAUGGCUGCUGUUCGUUUGUGGAAGAAACGAGAGGAAGAGAAGAAGGUUCUGCUUAAGAAGACAUCUCAGCUGGAGGAGGCCUGGACUCAGAAGGACAAGUUCAUCCACUCCAGUCGCCUGAUCAUCAAAUUCCGAGAGGAUCAUAUUAGUCGCCUGGAGAAAAAACUCAAGGCAGAAUGUGGCACAGUUGCAGACGUGGAGUCGCAGGCUCUCAUUGACCAGCUAAAAGAAGAGAUUAGUAUUUUACGAUACCAGAUUGAACAUCACCCCAAGAUGACUCGCUAUGCAGCAGAGAACUACAGCCUCAGAGAGGAGAAUCGUCAGCUCCGUUCCCUUGAGUCAGUGAAGAAAGCCGACGAGGAUGAAGCACAAGUUGCACAAGAGCUUGAAGAAGAUUUCCAGAGGGCCAUGGAGGUGGAUAGGAACAUGGAAACUCCAGCCGGUGCUUCAACCUCCUUGGCGACGGAUGCUCUUGGUCCACCCGCAGUGGAGAAGCUGAAAGCUCAGCUGCUUCAAAAACAGUCAGAUCUUACAGCAGUUCUACAGGCCUUUGAGGAGUACAAGGAAAUCACUAAGAAGCAGAUGUCUCAGUUAGAGUCAGACAAACGAUACCUUGACAAGUCCAACAGGCAUUUGGAAAACAUUUUGGAAGCCACAAAUGCCUACAAAAAGCAAGAAGUCUCUGAAUUGAACAGAAUUCAUGUUGAAACUCUCAAGAUUCUCACUACACCCACCAAAGCAUACAACCUGCGCUCCCGUCUCGUACCAAUGUCCAGCCCAGAACAUUUGAACAGCAGCAUCAACGAUCAAAAUGACAUUUUGGCCGAGCCAUCCCCUUCACACACAACCGAGAUGGCUCUGACUGAAGAACUGCGUCAAGUGCAGGAGCAAGCGAGUCAGGUUCGGGCCCAGCUGGGGGAGGAGGAACUGAAGAACAGCAAGCUGAUGCAGCAAAUUGCAAAACUAGAGGAGCAGAUCCACGUCAUGUCACUGGAGUCUGGACAAAAGGAAGAGCAACUUUCAACUGAGCGCACUAACAAGAACAGAGAUCAUCUCAAACUACAGGAGAUGAUCAACAGCCUGCAACAGAAACAUCAGUGCGAACAGGAGACUGCAGAAGUAUUAAAAAGUGAGAUCCGAGAUCUACGUCUGGUGCUGCAGUCAUCCGACAAGGAACUGGCCAUCGUGAAGGAGGAGCUCAGAGACAAGCAAAGUGAGCAGCAGAGACAGGCGAGCCAGCUCUCCAGCAGUCUGAUCGCCACGCAGCUCCAGCUUGACAAAGUCCAGCUGGAAUGGGAGCAGCUUCUGGAGCAGCACCACACUCUGCAGGAUUCUUUCGACCAGCUGCAAGCCGAGGCAAAGUUUGAUGCGGAUCAUGCGAGACAGCAGAUGCAGGACAGGCAGCAGGAGAUCAGCCAACUGAGAGCUCAGAUUGCCGAGUUAAACAACUCUCUGGAAACGGAGCAAGAGCACACUCGCACCCUGACCUACCAGUUAAGAGAGAGCAGAGAAAAUACAUCGAAAGAACUUAGUGAAACGGCUGAGGAGAACACACGGCUCAGCAAGCAAGUCUUGGACAUGACCGUGCAAAUCCAACAGCAGGUCUCCAAACUUGAUCACCGAGAGCAAAAUCUCUGUACUGCCAAUGAAACCAUAAAAGGCCUGGAGCAGAAGGUUGAACAGGACAAAGAUGUCGUCCUUCAUCUGAUCAAUCAAACCCGAGACCUCCGCAGUGAGCUCAAUCACAAAGAACAGACCAUUGCACAUCUGUCAGGAGACAUCAGCGAUAUCACUGCCAAGUACAAUGCUGCCUGCUUGGAACGAAAAGGCGUCGAAGAGCAAAACACCAAGAUGCAAGCUGAAAUCACAGACCUAAAAGAAGCCCUGGAAAGGAGUUGUGCAUCAAGCAAAAUAGAGGUUGAAGUACUGCAGGACGAGGUCAUUUACGCAAACGAGGAGGUUGAAAGACUUACAAAGGUUUUAGAUGAGCACAACAACCUCCUCGAAGCUGCUCAAGAGCAAGCUGCUCAGAAGGACAUUGUGAUCCAGAAUCUCCAGCAGAAGGUCCAACAGCAGCACGAAGCUGUGGAAAAAACAAUAAGAAACGGAGCUCUCAAAAAUGUCGAGUCAACUUGCACUCCUAAAGCAAUAGCGAAGACCCCCUGCACACCAGGAAGCUUCAGCCGGGACUUAACCCAGGUCCUCGAGAGUCAGGAGAGGGAACUGGAGAAUCGCCGGUCCUCCAUGAUGACCAUGGAGAUUCUCUUGGCAGAGCUCAAUGCUGAGAGAGCUGCCAAGAAUGAGGAGAUUCAACGGCUCAAAACCCAGCUGACUGAGAAAGAGGUGGUCCGCAUGGAGAUUCAGGGCUUGCUUGACCAGUUUUAUAAUAAAAAGCCCCAGGGUGGAACUACCAACAGUGAGGAGCUCAUUGAAGGCAUCAAACAGUCUCUUCUGAAGGAGCUGCAAGAGGAACGAGAAGAGAAGGAAAAAGUGAUACAAAGGCUCUCUGACACUCAAAAAAAAAUGCAGACCCAGGAGUCCAUGUUGGCCCAGUCUCAGACUUGUGUCCAGGAGCUGACCACAGAACUGAGAAAUCGCUGUCUAGAACUGAGAGAGUUGAGCCACAGGGUUCAGGAUGAGGACAGACUCGUCAAGGAGAAUGAGCUUCUCCGUAAACAGAAUGUUCAGCUGUCUGAGGAGAAUGGAAAACUGGUGGGGCACAAGAACCACAAACAGAGGAUUGAAUAUUUGGUCAAGUUAAAGAAGGACAACACCAGACUGCAGGCGGAAAAUGAAAAGCUUCGAUCAGCGAUGAGCAUUAUGCAAGACAACAGUGGACCUUUGCUGUGAUGCUUUUUAUACUUGCCCCUGUAAAAAAAAAUCAGGGGUCAAGUGUCUUUACAGUCACUUGAAGUGAUUUUUUUAAAAAUCAUUUUUGUAUGUUUUUGUUUAC